AUGAAAUUUUGCAUAAAAUAUUUUAAAAUGCGAAUAUUUUACGCAAAUCACAAGACUGGAAAAUUUAUCGUUAAGCCAGAAGGUGCUUCACAAGUUAGAAGUAUGAGCACAGAUUUUUCAGUCACAUGA